AUGCCAUUCAAGGAUGUGACCGACGAUGAACAGUCGUCUCCGACGCCCCAUGCUUCAGAAGAGAUGGUGGCUACUCCUGACGAUGUCGAACAGCCUGUUAUCGACGCUGACGAAUUGCCGACAUCAACUGAUCAACCUGCUCCUCCUCCUGAGGAAGCCUCUCAAGAAGCUGCCAGUGCAGCGAAGCAAGCCCCUGGAACCAAAAGGUCUGAAGGCUGUGAGAUCAUUUGGCCAUUGCCCGAGGAAAUCUUUGGACGACGGAAAGAAUUGGCUAUUGUGCCAGAUCUGACGGACGGUCAUGAGUUCAUGACUAUCAUUUCAUCCGAGGAACGUACUUCAGGACCCGAGACCAUCUCUAGCGAACGGUGUGCCAUUCAGUACAAUUCAUAGAGAAACGUCUACCAUUUUGGCUUUCAUUAUGUCGACGGCGUUGUAUCACAUUCCAAAAAAGUCCUUUGACAACAACAUGUUCAUGGCCUGGGGUUUGACAUUUUUGUGAUUCAUCAAAGUUCAUCAAAAUAUCAUUCAUGACGUCCUCACUCUAGCUUUCACGAUCAACGGCCCUUCCUUUUCCCCGAUACCGACAGACUCCAG